AUGCCAUCGAGGACCACGUCCACUCUACUCGAAUCGCGGUGGGCUCCCCGUCCAGAGGAGUCCACGACGAAGCGGUCAUCAUCCACGCCCCGAGGGGGGAACCACCCGCCCCCCUCACAGGAACUGGCCCGCUUCAUGAAAAUCGUCGGGCGAUUAAAAUGGAAAUUGCCCUUCCUGGCGGAGGGCUACCGCCUUGCUACACUCCCCGCUGACGGUGGCGUGGAUGUCGCGCAUGCGGAGAUCAUGUUCAAGAUCGAUUUCUUCGAGUACUAUGCACUUCUGGAGCGGGCGAUCGUGCAUUUACUCGGCGUCUUCGGCGUGACAGUCACUGGCGCUAUCUCUAGAUCGCAGUCGACUCCAAGACUGGGGAGGAGUGGGUCCCCGGUGGCUACGCAUCGGUAUCAUGCCAACGUGUUGGAUACGCUGGAGAGCGAGAACUGUCCAUUGUAUCCUGUUCUCGGGACUGGAAACGUGCGCGAGCAGUUGCGGAAGGCGAAGGAACUGCGUAAUCGCUGGAAGACAGCCGACAUGUCGAAAGAAGAGGCGGAGAAGGACUCCUACGAUUUUGACCAUAUUUUAUCGGAAAUCUUUGUCGGUCUAGAAGAUGGGCUGGCACUGGCCCGGGAGCAUGUAGCUAGGGUCGAGAAUGGCACCGGUGACGGCUUGUCGGGCGAUUCAGAGGCAGAUUGGGAUUUCAUUGUCGAUGCGAUGGAUUGGGAGGCUGUGUGA